GUUCCAGCAGAGUUUUGAACAGAGUGUGGAACAACUCGUUUUGUGGAUGUUAGCACKCUAGAAUAAUAUUAUUUACUGUUUGCUCGUUUGAGCAUCUCUCUGUCUUUGUUUUGCAUCGAAGCAACGACGAGAACUCAUUUUUUAUAGGASCAAAUAACGGAUAUCACUGAUUUCCCAGCUGCUAACAUGCGACGACUUGGAAUCUUUGCUCCAGGUUUUCUUCUUUUUCUUUCGGCAUCUUCGUUUGUGGAAGUUUCAAGCACACCAAAACAAACAUUUUUGAUCCUUGGACCCAAAGUUUUCUGGCCAGGAAAGACUCUGACACUAAAAGUCACUAUCCUCAAGUCUUCUUCACCAGUAACAGUUACUGCAGCAAUUAUUUCUGGAUAUCGUCAUGAGAAGUCUAAGUUGAUUGCCAUGAAUAAUGGGACAUUUAAUGUUGGUACGACAGCUGAUUUAGACAUAAAGGUUCCUACUGGUUUGUCAUCUGGUGGUUAUAGACUCACCGUUAAUGGUUCUGGUGGUCUUACCUUCUAUAAUGAGUCAUACAUWAAAUUCCGACCUAAAGGAAUGUCGAUAUAUGUUCAAAUGGACAAAGGGAUUUACAAACCUGGACAAAAAGUUCAAAUGAGAAUCUUUGCACUGUUACCAAGUCUAAAGAGUUAUAUGGGAAAGAUGACGGUUGACAUUUUGGACCCCAAUGAAAGCAAGAUGGCUCACUGGCCUAACAUCCAAGGACCUAACGGCAUCGUAAAGAAAACUUUUCCUCUUUCCACUGAACCUGUGAUGGGAGAAUGGAAAGUUAUGGUUAUUGCUGCUAAUGGAGAGAAAUCAUCAAAAACCUUUGAAGUCAAGGAAUAUGUUCUUCCCAAAUUUGACGUCUCWGUUAAUKUACCUCCUUUCGUAUUAAAAGAUGAGAAAGAAUUCUUAGUUAAAGUCGCGUCCAAGUACACAUACGGCAAAGGUGUCAAAGGAAAAGUUGUUUUGAUAGGAUAUUUUCACAAUUGGAAUAGUCAGUAUAUCUGCUUUUCCAAGAACCAGUUGAUUGAUGGAAGUGUUUCUAUCCAGCUGUCCAUUAGUGAAAUYAAAGAGUGCUUUACAAAAACAUUUACUCACGUGUCAAAAAGUAAGGCGGAGAGAUAUGUAUUCCAAUAUGGAUAUCAGUUUAUCGUCAACGCUACUGUAACAGAGGAUCUUACUGGAAAGAAAUACAGCGAAAAAGCUCAAGUCAAGUUUUCUUACUCAAAAGUGAAACUUGAGUUUCCUUCUUUCAAUCCAAACAGCUACAAACCUGGUUUAGAGCUUGUUACUUUGCUUAAGCUUACACAACCCAAUGGAGAACCUCUUCUUGAUCCUGAUGAAUUAAGCAAGAUUAAAAUUACCAUUAAGACAACAUACAGAACUCAAAAAUAUCCAUAUACUACUUGGAAUGCMAUAGAUGCAUAUUCCCCUUCGCCAGAGGGAAUUAUCAUCAUUAAAAGGAAAAGCCCUUCACAGAAUGUAUCCACAAUAAGCAUUCGGGCUGAGUACAAAGUAGAUGAUGACUAUCAAGAGAGAGCAUAUUUUACAGCRUAUAAGUCAGAGUCACCGAGUGAUUCAUACAUACAAUUGACAACUACUACACCAUCUGUCAAGUCAGGUGACACCAUUGACUUCAAGGUUGUCAGCAGUUUCCCAAUAUCAUCAUACAUCUACGUGGUUAUGGCUCGUGGAAAGAUAAGAGAGAUGAAAAAUGGUGAUAUUGAAAACAGUGCCAAAGAGUUCUCUUUCAGUGUAGUCUCAACACAAAUUAUGGCUCCUUCAGCACAAGUCAUUGUGUACACCAUACGCAAAGAUGGAGAGGUUGUGGUUGACAGUUUGUCAGUAACAGUUGAAAACCCUUUUGAAAAUCAGGUCUCAGUUAAGUUCAGCCGUAACAAGUCUGGCCCUGGCGAUCGAAUUGGAUUGAUUGCAAAGGCUUCACCUGGCUCAAGYGUAGCUUUUCUUGUUGUUGAUAAAAGCGUUCUUCUCAUGAAGAAAGACAAUGACUUAAGUCGAGAUCAAAUUUUACAGGAUCUUCAGGCUUACAGUGCAUCUUCAAGUUGGUAUCCAUGGUGGGAAUGGGGCUGGCUUUCUGGGGGCCGCUCUCGUCGAAGUAUAAUCAUGCCCUUUCCAACUUCUGGUCGAGAUGCAAUGUCAGUGUUUGAGAAUGCUGGAUUGAUUAUCUUUUCUGACUGUUUGGUAUUUAAACGACAUUCAUAUGGCAUGGGUCCAUACCCUGUUUUUCAAGUGGUUUAGCAGAAAUAUCAACAUCAGUACCAGAUACCAUCACUUCCUGGGUUGCUAGUGCUUUUGCUAUAUCACCUCAAGCAGGUUUUGGUAUUGGUUCACAGAAACCUAAGCUGCAAGUUUUCCAGCCAUUUUUCGUCUCUCUUGACUUGCCUUACUCUGUGGUGCGCGGAGAGGAAGUCGCUAUUAAGGCGUCGGUGUUUAACUAUCUAGAGCUGCCGCAAGAGGUAACUAUUACCUUCAAAGCGUCAACCAACUUUGAAGCGAUAAAUGAGCUGGAUAGCACUGGUAAAUAUGAACAGGAAGCCGUCGACAUCAAGGAACAGCUCACUAUUCCAGCUGGCGAAGGCAAGGCAGUUUCCUUUCCUAUCAAACUCAAAACACUGGGACACGUGCCUAUCAUCGURCAGGCCCAAUCCUCUUCUGCUGCAGACGCAGUUAAGAGGACAUUAUUAGUCGAGCCUGAAGGUGUUCUUAAUUCCUAUUCCUACAGUGUAUUGAUUGAUCUGAAUACAACGUCUUCWUUUAAAAAGACUCUAGAGCUGGCUCUGCCCAAAUCUUACGUCCAAGGAUCUGCACGUGCUAAAGUUACAGUCAUAGGUGACAUACUUGGUUCUUCAUUCAGUAACCUUGACAACUUACUGCGCAUGCCCUAUGGCUGUGGUGAGCAGAACAUGGUGAACUUUGCUCCAAACAUCUUCGUGCUAAAGUACUUAACGACUGUAAAUAAAGUCACUGAAGUCAUUAAAUCUAAAGCAGAGAAUUAUAUGGUGAAAGGUUACCAACGCGAACAAACGUUCAGGCACAAAGAUGGCUCUUACAGUGCAUUUGGAGAAAGAGAUAAAGAAGGAAGCAUGUGGCUCACAGCGUUUGUGGUUAAGUCAUAUGCWCAAGCUCGCAAGUACAUCUACAUUGAUCCUGAUUCGUUGAAACUUAGCUUGAAUUUUAUGCGCAAAAAACAAAACCAAGAUGGUUCGUUCCCUACACUUGGAAAAGUACACGGAAGCUAUCUUAAGGGAGGUAAUGAUGGCAAAGUGUCACUUAGUGCUUUUGUUGUCAUAGCACUGGCUGAAGCUGGCAGUACCGAUAAGGAUAUCAUGUUAGCCAAGCAAGAAGGUGUCGGUUAUCUUGAGAAAAACCUGGACGCUAUCAUAAGUAAAAAAGAUGUCUAUGCCCUGUCGUUAACAACGUACGCCCUAAAACUCGUUAACAGUGCUGAUAGUGAGAAGGCUAAACGGGCUCUCUUCGACAUGGCUAUAAAGAAAGAUGGAAUGAUGCACUGGUCGAAUGCUAAGCAAGAUUCAGCCAAGCCUCAAUUUCGACCAUAUUAUCGGCCACGUUCAGCAGAUGUCGAGAUUACAGCAUACGCACUGUUGACACUGUGUCUCGACAAAGAUAUAAAGAAUGGGCUUCCUGUGAUGCGUUGGCUUUCAGCACAAAGAAAUUCGUUUGGUGGAUAUGUAUCAACUCAGGAUACUGUCCUUGGGAUCCAAGCAUUGGCUGAAUUUGCUUCYCUUGUUUAUUCCUCCUCUCAAAAAUUCGAAGUCGACCUGAAGCAGUCUACCGACGUGGGRUUCAAYGAGAAGUUCCAAGUUAAUGCCAACAAUGCCAUGGUCUUACAGGAAGUUCUGAUUUCCAAGGUAAAAGGCAAUCUGAUUAUAUCAGCUACUGGGCAUGGCAUUGGAAUGYUACAAGUGGGCGUGUCCUAUCACGUGGAAAAGGUCCCAGAUAAGACCGAUUUUGAUUUCGUCGUYGAGAUACUGAAAGCCAGAAACUACGAGGUCGAGACGAAGUCGUGUGCAAAGUGGAAAGGYGAGGGCGAAGAGUCAGACAUGGCUGUCAUGGAGCUCGGCGUUGCCUCGGGAUUUACACCAAAGCAAGACGCGAUUGAAAAGCUGCUGAAAGACAAAAACCUUCUAGUGAAAAAAGUUGAGAAGGAAGCCAGGAAAAUCAUCGUCUACUUUGACAAGAUAAUGAAAAAAGACUCAACAUGUAUCGUUAUGAAAUUCGAAAGGACACAUCCCGUUGGAAAAGGAAAACCUGUACCUGCCGUCUUGUAUGACUACUAUAACCCGGGUAAGAUAUCGUAUAUGUACCAGGUAUUUGUCAUCCCACCAAGCACGAGUUAUAUCGCCUAUUAAAACAGAUUUCAAACGCCGUGCAAGCGAUCCCACCAAGCACGAGUUAUAUCGCCUAUAAAACAGAUUUCAA